CUUACUUACUUCGCUCGCGCGGCUGGCUGAGAUGCGGAGAUAAUUAUAUUCUAUAGAAUAGCGUUUUAUAGCACCUUCUUUGAAAAGGAGCGCGCGCGGGGGAGAUGGAGCGCGGAAAAGUUUUACUGCAGCAUCAUCAUCAUUAUCAACAAUAUUAUCAUCAGCAGCAGCAGCAUCGGACGGCGUGAUGCAGCAGCUGCAGCUGCAGGACAACAUCAGCAGGAUCCUCAUCCUCCACCCGAACCAGAACCUGAACCUGUACCAGAACCAGAACUUAUACCAGAACCAGUCCUGGAGCGACGCGCCGGACCUCGCCGACCUGGACCGCGGCAGCUUCGUGGCGGAUGGCUCGGCGGUGCUACGCAUCCUCAUCUCCGUGGUGUACUCGGUGGUGUGCGCGCUGGGCUUGGUGGGCAACGUGCUCGUGCUGUACCUGAUGAAGUCGCGUCGCGCGUGGAAGAAGUCGUCCAUCAACCUGUUCGUGACCAGCCUGGCAGUGACGGACUUUCAGUUCGUGCUGACUCUGCCGUUCUGGGCGGUGGAGAACGCGCUGGACUUCGCGUGGCCCUUCGGAAAAGCCAUGUGCAAGAUCGUGUCGUACGUGACGGCGGCGAACAUGUACGCGAGCGUGUUCUUCCUCACGGCGAUGAGCGUGGCGCGGUACCGCACGGUGGCCUCGGCGCUGGAGAGCCGGCGGAGGAGGCGGCGGCGGGUCGGGGUGCGCGUGCCGGCGCAGUGCCUGAGCGCCGCGGUGUGGGCGAGCGCGAGCGCCGCCGCGCUUCCCCAUGCCAUCUUCUCCACCACGGCGGCGGUGAGCGGGGACGAGCUGUGCCUGCUGCGCUUCCCGGACCGCAGCGGCGACGCGCAGUUCUGGCUCGGGCUGUACCACGCGCAGAAGGUGCUUCUGGGCUUCCUCGUGCCGUUCGCCAUCAUCUCCAUCUGCUACCUGCUGCUGCUGCGCUUCGUCUCCACCAAGCACUCCAGCGGCUCCACCGGCUCCGGUGCCAAGAGGCGCUCGAAGGUCACCAAGUCCGUCACCAUCGUGGUGCUCUCCUUCUUCCUCUGCUGGCUGCCCAACCAGGCGCUCACCGCCUGGGGAAUCCUCAUCAAGCUCAACGCCGUGCACUUCAGCUACGAGUACUACACCACGCAGGUCUACGUGUUCCCCGUCACCGUGUGCCUCGCGCACUCCAACAGCUGCCUCAACCCCAUCCUCUACUGCCUGAUGCGCAGGGAGUUCCGCAAGGCUCUCAAGCGGCUCUUCUGGCAGAUCGCGUCCCCUACGGUCACCAACAUGCGCCCCUUCACCGCCUCCACCAAGCCCGAGCAGGAGGAGCAGGGCGCCUCGCUGGCCGUGCCCAGAGCGCCCGAGCCCGGCCUCGUCUUCUACCCGCCCGGCGUGGCCAUUUACAACGGCAGGAACGACAUGCUCCCCAACAGCACGUGAAGUUCGAAAGCAUGAUGAACUUUGAAAGCUUCCUCAAGUGGAGAACAUCAAAAACGUUAUGAUAAAACUGGCCCUCAUCAAGAGUGCCCUAGGAAUGGAAACCAUAAGUAAGUUGGAAAAAAGGGGGAAAACAUUGCUGAACGUUCCUGGAAGGUGUUUUGGCUUCUUGUUCCAAUGGGAAUGCUGGGACUAGACCUCAAACUUUUCCUUUCCCUUUUUCCUGCAAAAAAAAAAGCGCAUGGAGAUGUUCUGGAAGAAAGGUGGUACCAUGAGUCAUUUUUAUCCUCUAUUUGUGGGCUUCUUUGUUUCUUUGUUUGUAUUUAUUUAGACAUUAAAUCAUUAAACAAAAGUAAUAUAGAGUUGGUAUACAGUGAAUAGCUCUAUUUGAGUAUAAUGUUCUAAUCCAGAUUAUGAGAAGCAAGAAAUACUCAACUAAGUAAAGAAUAACAUUAAGGAGAAAUGAAGUUCUGACAAUCCGAAACAAUGAUGAAACUGGCUCUAAUCAGGACUGUCCCAAUUACGAGCCUCAGAAACCACAAGUUAUCAACUCCCCAUAUAAGAGCGUCUAAAUGCUUCUUUACAGAGUAUUUUGGUUUGUUUAACACUUUUAAGUCACUACCUGAUUCAUAAUGUGUUCCUUCAUAGUCUGGACCAUUUCAGUUACUUUAAACUGAUACUAUAUGUGCAAACUAUAUAAAACCUAUUAGAAAUUGUUAUGAGUAUUUGUUUUACAUAUAUCUAGACGAUAUAUGUAUGAUAUAAUAAUAAAUCACUUAUAGGUAACAUAUAUGUAAAGACCAAUUUUGAUAUAGAGAUAUAUACAGCUGUGGAAAAAACUAAGAGAGCACUUCAGUUUCUGAAUCAGUUUCUCUGAUUUUGCUAUUUAUAGGUUUAUGUUUGAGUAAAAUUAACAUUGUUGUUUUAUUCUAUAAACAACAAAAGAUGCAGAGCUUUUAGACAUCAAAUAUUGCAAAGAAAACAAGUUCAUACUCAUAAAGUUUUAAAUAGAGUUCAGAAAUAAUCAAUAUUUGGUGGAAUAACCCAGCUUUUUAUAUAUUACAGUUUUCAUGCAUCUUGGCAUCAUGUUCUCCUCCUCCACCAGUCUUACACACUGCUUUUGGAUAACUUUAUGCUGCUUUACUCCUGGUGCAAAAAUUCAGGCAGUUCAGUUUGGUGGUUUGAUGGCUUGUGAUCAUCCAUCUUCCUCUUGAUUAUAUUCCAGAGGUUUUCAAUUUGGUAAAAUCAAAGAAACUCAUAUUUUAUAUACU